UUGAUCCGUUACCAAUUAUUACCUGCACAAGGCCUUUUGCUCCCGAAGAAGGCACAGAGACCAGUUUGAUUGGGGGUUCUAAAAUGGGGACAUUUUCGUCUCCAACGUUGUUGAUUCUGUGUGUAACAAUAGUAGCGGUGAAUACAGGUCGGCCAUCAACGGUGCAAAGAGUUUGCACUUACAAAUAUGAAAAUGCAGACUGCGAGGGAAGAGAUCUUAGUCAUAGCAAAAAGACCAGAGCAGCUUGUAGAGACGCCUGUACCAAACGACCUGACUGCAAAUCCUUCCAACACAGGGGGUACGACUGUUGGCUAAAGAACCGUGUUUGUUCAAAGAAACAGCUAACAUUCAGAGGACACCCGGGAUUUGCUCAAUACACUAAACAUUGUUCAGAUGAAGCAAUAGAUGACAAGUUAUUGCAUUAUCAAUGA